GCCAGCUCUUGGCGCGCAGAGAGCAAAAUAAUGAUUGGGAUGUACGCUUCGAUAAGGGUAGAAGUUGGAGUCGAAAGGAAUGGAGAAAGUUGUUCUAUUCUACUGACGUUCCUUGUUAAUGCCAUGAAAUGGCCUGAUCUUAAGCCACAGCAAUGGAUUUAAAUGAAGGAUCUAAAGAUUCUGGGCCUGCCUUUCAUCAGUUGCCAGCCAAGAGCAAAGAACAAAGGGAGCAAAUGGAUGUGGCACUUGCAUUGGUUGAAGUUCCACAAACUGAGGUGAGCGGAAACUGCAGGCAAGGGGUAACCACUGAGCCAGAGGCUGCAAAGGACUUGAGUGGCCGUGGCGAUCUGGCGUUAAAGGCAGACUCUGGUGCUCAUCAAAGCAAAAUCAGGAUGGAGGGCAGCAAACUGCCAUCAGCUGAUGACCCUCCGGCCAAGAGAAUGAAGCUUGACACUUUGGAAGAAUCUCAGGGUAGCAAGAACACUGUGGUUUCAGAGACCGCGGCUCUACCAUCUGACCUGAAGCCACCUCAGACGCAUACCAGGGAGGUGCAAGAUGAUGUGAAGGAAGCUGCUGAAGGUUGCCAGAAUCAAGCCAAGAAAAUCAAAGCUGGAGCAGCUCUGCCUUGCCCUUCUUGCAACUUUAUGGCGAAAAACAAAAUUGCACUAAAAAUUCACACAAAGCAACAUCACUUCAAUGACAUUUAUCUUGUCUGUGAUAUCUGUAAUGUUACAAGCCCAUCGGAGGAAAGUCACAGAAAGCACCUUUCUUCAGUUCUCCAUAAAAAGCUCACAAAAAGCACAAGGGAAAGUACAGGCACAAAGGAAGGAUUUAACUGUCGGCUCUGUGGCCAGUUAUUGCCUUCGCGUUAUGACUUGGACAAGCACAUUAAGGAGAAUCAUUCCAAAAGAUCCAAAGCCCAUGUUUGCCCUCAGUGCAAAUACAAAGCAGAGAGUGGGGCAUCUUUGCAGGCACAUCUCAAACACAAGCAUGUGCAAAAAGAAAGGUUGAGUUGUGACCUCUGUGGCUUCCGGUGUUAUGAUGAAAACCUGCUGAAAACCCACUGCCGUGGGAAGACUCACCUCCGCCGUAAGAAUCUUGCUGCACGAGGUGGAUACAUACAUUUGCUGUCCAAAAAGAGGCUUCCUGCUGAAUCUAGUGCAAGAGGCAAAGUAGAGAGAGCAAAAUGCAUUAAUGAUGAUAGCCCGAGUUUGCGCAAGAAACCCAAAAAUUUGGGAAGAGCAAAGAAUAAGAGUACUACCCAAAAGAAUAAUAGAAGUGCAAAGUGUUUAGAGAAAUCCAAGAACCCAGGUAAUGAUCACUGUGAAGAAGCUCCAUCCAGUAAAGCAGAUGAGCGAGUACAGCUUAAUGAUAGCCGUGCUGGAAAAGCAUCUCCCCAAAGAACUUCAAGAAGAGUAAAAGAGCCAACUGAUCUGCUCCAAGAACGGGUCGGCAAACAAAGAUUAAAGCGCUCUGAUGAAGGUAGUGUCAGCAGCUUGAGACCACGCAGUGGGCGCUGCACAGACAACACUGAACGCGUUCGGCAUACGAGAAGUGAGGGCCGGCUUUCCCAAGAAGAGGUGGGGAACCAGAGGGCUCCUCGAAACCUGCGAGGAAGAGGAAGCCUUCUGACGAUGGAUAAUAGCCGAGGUAGAGGCCGGCAUCCUGGCAGGAGCACUGUUAUUCCUGAUGUCCAGUGCGGUAGAGGCAAACUUCCUGGAAAGAAGAAUCAAGGCGUAAAAUCAAAAUGCAAAAUUUCCGGAGCAACAGACCAACUUGAUGGCAAACCUGAGAACCAAGGUGAACGUGGUGAUGCAGACUCAUCAAACAGAACGGAGGCAAACUUAGAAAAUGAGAAGUCUUCUAAAACAAGUUGCCAAAGUGGAAAUGAAGAAGGUGAAACAGCUAUGCAGGUAGUUCUUCAGGAACCAACACUGGUUAAAAACAGCACUGACAAUGUGUCACAGGUUCAAAACCUUGUGUCCCCGACUACCAACCCAGCAGACAACAAAACCCCCAACCUUGAGAAUCCUGAAUCGAAGCUAAGCCCAGCUGACCGCAAAGCCCUUCGCACUUGUUCCUACUGUGGCCAUGUGUUUCAGAACAGAAAAGGGUUGGAGGUUCACAUAAAGAGGCGCCACACGAAAGAAAUGGACUUUCACUGUCAGCCAUGUGGCUACGCUUGUGUCACUAAGGGUGAUUUUGAAAAACAUUGUCAAAGCAACAGGCAUCAGUUGAACUUCUCCCAAAUUGACUGUCAACUCUGUGCAUUUGUGACCUUAGAUGAAGGGGCUCUGAAGGAGCACAUGAGCCAAGAACACAAAAUGGCCUUUUACUGCUCAGCAUGCAGACUGCACUUUGCAUCGGAAGAGGAUCUAGUGGACCAUGAAGGCUCAGAGCAGCACACAAGACGUGUGCUCCCACAGCAGAAAGAGAAGGCGUUGGAACAAAUUGAAAACCAACAGCCAAGGGAGGAGAAUCAAAGUAAAAUCACUUCAGAUGGCAAUGGGGAACCCACCGUCCCUAGAUCUGGCCUUUCAUUAAAAGAUCCUCAGAAGCCUUCCAUAGCAAGAGUGAUUGCAGGAAACAUUUUGAGGCGUUCAACACACAGCAGGCUUCAAUUACAAUGCAAGAGCUGCUUUUACAAAGCUCGAUCAGCAACCGUGCUUUUGAAACACAUAAGACUCAGACAUGCGCAAGAGUACCGAUUUCUUUGUAAAGUAUGUAGCCUGUACACGAUUAGCAGGGAAGCUAUGGAAAAGCACAUUAAACGGAGUAGACACAUUGAGAAUGCUAAGAAAAGAAAUCUUGGGCCAUCGCUGGAAGAAUGUGUGGAGGAGGUGUCCAUUGGGGUCCAAGAUGUUCAAAAAAUUAUAAAGACCACUGGGGCUUUGGGGAAUGUUAAUAGUGAAAUAGACAAAGGCUGUGUUCAGGUCCUUGAACCAUCUAAAUCCAAAGAGGAAUUUGUUGUAACCUGGGAAAUAUCAGAAGGUGAUGCAACCAAUGUGGAAAAUGUUCAAAAAGACAAUGAUCUUCCAUCAGCAGAAGGCAUUAAGAAAGAGCGGCCAAAAGGGAAUAUCUCUAGGACAUGUCCCCAUUGUGGUUUAUUGGCUUCCAGUGUGACAAACUUGAACAUUCACAUAAGGCGGAAACACAGUCAUCAGUACAGCUACUUUUGCAAGGCAUGUAACUACUACACUGUCACCAAAGGAGACAUGGACCGUCACUGCAACACCAAGAAACACAAAAAUCGUGCUGAUGUCUCCAAGCCUGUAGAGAUCUGCAGGAAAGCUGCUAUGCCGAACAAUAAGGAUAAUCCUCAAAUGGUUGGGACUGAUUCUCCUGCACUUCCUACAGCUGACUGUGUUGAGAGCAAUAGCAGUGUUUCAGAACCGGAGAUACCUGAAAAGGAGGGGCAGUCUGGAGUCCUUGAGAACUGUACUCAUGUAAAUUUAGAGAGUGUUCUUUCAGUACAAAACGAACAGCACAUGGAUGAACAAAAAGGGACAGAGGCAAUCCUUGAGGUAGAGCCAAAUAGUACAGGGCAGGAUGGAGGUUCAUCCAGUUCAAAGCGACUCAAAGGAAACCAUGCCACUACUUGUGCCUACUGUGGCUUUGUUGCUUAUUCCCAAGCUACCCUGGAGUUGCAUGUUAAGCGUAAACACACAAAAGAUUUUGACUACUAUUGCAUGGCAUGUGAUUACUAUGCUGUCACACGACGUGAAAUGAUGAGGCAUGCUUUUACAGAAAAGCAUAAACUUAAAAGUCAAUCCUACUUGAAGUUAAAUCAGGGUAAAGGACAACCUGCGAUGCGUGGAUCCAUAACAGCGACCAACGCAUCAAAGGAUGGGAAUCAGAAAGAAGGGAGUGAGGAUUAUCCACUUAAAGUGAGAAGGGAUGAAGGGGAGAAAGCUUCAGAAAUCACUCUGGAGGCUACCCAGGAGUCUGCUUUAUGCACUGAACCUAAGAGAAUGCCAGAAAGCAAUGAGGUAACUAAUGAUUACAAGGAGACAACAGCUGUGUUUGAGUUGACGGAAACAGAGGAGAAAUCCUUCCAAAAUGAAAUAGCUAACCAAGGAGGUCUUAUUGAGACAGUGCCAACAGUGCAUAAUUCAGAGAAUUUUGCUGAGGUUGGAUCUGGAAUGUUAGAUGUAAAUACUGCCUGCCCAGGUGCCAAGAGUCCUUCUGUAGAUUUGAAUUCUGUGUCAGUCAAGUCAGCAGAACUGGAGAACUCCCAAGAUCAGGUUGCUGAUGCACCUACUGAAGGUAAUUCAAGUCGGUGUAUAAACAUUGUCACAAUGCAGAAAACCAGCAUGGCGAGUAAUGAUGCUGAUUUAAACGUUGAGGCUUCUCAGACAGGAGAAGUGGAUGAUCUUCAAGGGAGUCACCAGGGAGAUGAGAGGCCGAAAGAUGAUAAACCGACCAAGGAGAUCGCAAACUUGGGUAGCAGACCAUACGAGAUUGUUGAUCCAAAUGGAAACAUGUCGAAUUGCAGUGGUUUGGCAGAAGAUGUAAGUGUGCAAGUGGAACCUUCAGCCCUGCCAGGAGGCAGUGAAGGUAACACAACUGAACAGAAUGCAGAUGGACAUCCGAACGUCACAGGUCUUCAGCAGCCUGAGAAGAAUUCAGAUCAUGUUCAAGUUAACCUUGUGCAGCAAGUUGAGGGCAGCUACGAAGACACUGCAGCAACUGCUACCACUGAGGUACCAGGGCAAAACCAUGCUGAUCGUGAACAGGUUAUUGGGGCUGACGAAGCUCAAGAUAAAGGUGAUGCAGCCUUGAGGGAGAAGACCAGGGAUGUGAAGAAUGCAAAUGAAGUGAGGCAAGACCUGGAAGGUGACACUGUGGAAGCAGCUGAGAGUUCUAGCGAUGACCUUAGAAAGAUGGAGUUCCAGGGUAAGGGAUUGCAAAAAUAUUUUGAGUUUGAUUCCUCUAUUGUAAGAUUGAAGAACAAGUCGUGGACUGAAAAACCUGAGUGCACUGACAAUAGUGAAGGUAGCCGGGGAGUUGAUGGAAUCUCACAUAGUGAGUGGGCUGUAGCAGUUUACAAGACAGAUCCUUCACAAGCUGCGAGGAAGAGGAAAGCCAAAGGGGCCUUGCUGCAGGACCCGAAACGCAUUCGCUGUGAAGACUGUGGGUUCCUGGCUGAUGGAGUCAAUGGGUUGAAUGUCCACAUAGCUAUGAAGCAUCCUUCGGCAGAAAAACACUUCCACUGCUUGCUGUGUGGGAAGUCGUUCUACUCAGUGAGCAACCUGCACCAGCAUUUAGCCAGUGUGGGCCACCAGAGGAUGGAACAGGAGAGUGUAGAAGAGCUGCCAGAGGGUGGUGCCACCUUCAAAUGCGUCAAGUGCAGCACGCCUUUCGAUUCGGAGCAGGACCUCUUUGUUCACAUUAAGCAGAAGCAUGAGGAAAUGCUGAGGGAAGUAAAUAAGUACAUCGUGGAAGACACCGAGCAGAUAAACUGUGAGCGGCAGGAGAAUAGAGGGAAUGUCUGCAAAUAUUGUGGGAAGGUGUGCAAGAGCAGCAAUUCCCUGGCAUUUCUUGCUCACAUCCGUACACAUACUGGAUCAAAACCUUUCAGAUGUACACUCUGCAAUUUUGCGACAGCACAGUUAGGAGAUGCUCGUAAUCAUGUUAAACGGCAUCUAGGAGUUCGUGAAUACAAGUGCCACAUUUGUGGAUGGGCCUUUGUUAUGAAGAAACAUCUCAGCACCCAUUUAUUGGGCAAACACGGCAUUGGAACGCCAAAGGAAAGGAAAUUUGUGUGCGAAAUUUGUGACCGGACAUUCACAGAGAAGUGGGCCCUGACCAACCACAAGAAGCUGCAUAUGGGCCAGAAGCCUUUCAAGUGCCCUUGGCUGACCUGCCACUAUUCCUUCCUCACCGCAUCCGCCAUGAGAGAUCACUUCAGGACCCACACAGGGGAGAAGUCAUUUCUGUGUGACCUCUGCAGAUUUGCUGGUGGAACUCGCCACGCUCUCACCAAACAUCGGCGACAGCACACAGGUGAAAAGCCAUUCAAAUGUGACCAGUGCAACUUCGCUUCCACAACACAAUCCCAUCUGACCCGACAUAGACGUGUCCACACAGGAGAGAAACCUUAUAAGUGUCCUUGGUGUGAUUACAGGUCGAACUGUGCAGAGAAUAUCCGGAAGCACAUCCUACACACUGGCAAACAUGAGGGUGUGCUGAUGUACAAUUGUCCAAAGUGCGAGUACGGAACCAACAUCCCAUUGGAAUUUCGGAACCAUCUCAAGGAGCUUCAUCCUGAUAUUGAGAAUCCAGAUCUGGCUUAUCUCCAUGCAGGCAUAGUUUCCAAGGCGUACGAGUGUCGAUUGAAAGGACAAGGGGCACAGUUUGUGGAGACAGCCGUCCCAUUCAACACGCCUCCAAGCUCAGAUUCUACUGAGGUCGUGGGCAACUCGGUCAAUGGCUGCGUUCAGCAGCAGGAACAAACCGAGUCCAUCGGGCAAGUCAUCAUAAUCCAAGGCUAUCAGGAUAGCUAUGGAGAAGCUGUUCCCAUUGACGCCUCAGUGGAAGCUACGGCAGCAGCGACUCUUCAGACCCUGGCCAUGGCUGGUCAGAUGGCCCAGGUGGCAGAGGUGGUCCACAUCACGGAGGACGGCCAACUUAUAGCCACCGCACAAACUGCCAGCCACGAAGGUGGCAUGAUGCCCGGGCAGAUUCUGUCCAGACACCUGGCAUCGGGCACCACCCAGGUCGUGGUGGUGGAGAGUCCAGUCGGAGGAGGGGACGCCGGGGAAGCUGCCGUGACCAUGGAGACCCUUGGCGACCCCAGUCACGUCAUCGAGCAGGUGGUGACACAGGAAGAGUCAGCAGGGCAGCCUGCAGACACGCCCACGGCGCUGGAUGCGCUCCUGUGCGCCAUCACGGAGCUGGGCGCGGUGGAGGUGAGGUCAAGCGAGCAGGGAGGCCACGAGCCCGUCCAAGAGGAGCCCGGCGUGGCCGAAUCUGCCCUAGAGGAGGUCACCUCAGUCCCAAGCGAGCCGCAGUCCUCCCACAAGGAGCAAGUGGCUGAUGAGGUCACGAGGGCUGCGGGGGUGGCUCCAGAGGUUGAGCAGCCUGCAGCCGUCACCACAGCGCAGACUGUGCCUCAGGCUUCCUUCAGCGACAUGGUACAGGAGGUUCUGCAGUUCACCAUGUGCGACAUAAGGACAGCAAGCCACAUUGUGAAAGACGGCAUCACACAGGUCAUAGUGACCAAGGAAGGGGCUGCUCACAUGGUGGAGGGGGCCUCCCAGAUCAUAAUGCAGGAGGGCGAGGAGCAAACUAUAACCACCAGCGGUCACCCCGUGCAACUGAUAGACUCUGAUGGCAGUAUAUCACAGUUAAUAGUCACGGAGGAAAUCGCCCAAGCCAUGGUUCAGGAGGCCACCGCUCACAUGUCUGACCAAGCGACUCACGUUAUCGUUACAGAGCUGCCCCACGGCAUGGUGAACAGUGUGGACUCUGGGGCAGUGACAGAGGUUUACCCACAUGGCGUGAUGGAGCUAAUGGCAGAGGGCGUCUCAACCCUCGGUCACCCAGUGACAACGAUUGCGUUGACAGAGUGCUACACCGAGGGCAGGUCAGAAAUAGUCAUGACCGAACUGCCAGCAGGGGAGGAGCAAGAAAUGGAAGUAGGCGGGAACCAGGAGGCGUGACCCAUCUAUCAGUAGGGGAGGAAGCUUCAUUAGGAAGAUGCCAUUGCAAAACGUGGUCGGUAUGGCACAUGUCGGUGAUUGAGAUCCUGGCUCUGAAACAAUGAUUGGGGUGCUGCACCCACUAUCUCAUUAAGCGAGGAUUAACUUAUUAUGAUGACUUCACUGGAACAAAGGAUUUUUUUUAAUUCACUGUCUGUGACAAUACAGCUCCACAAGUCAAUUGGGUGCAAGAUGCCUCUAAGGGCAGCACAGAAGAAUGUAAGUUGGCCUGUGUUUUGCCAUAUACCUCCAUGAUUUCCAUGUGCAGGUUUGCUUAUCCCAGCUGUCAUCUAAAAUAGAAAGGACCCAAAGGGGUGACACAGAGUGAAGGGGUGUGGGUGAGAAAAAGAAGGGGACUUUGGCAAGAGCUCAAGAACAGUCUUAGUCUUGAGGGAGGUGGGGAAGGUGAGAGAUCACCUCAGUCUCAGGGAGUGGUGUGGAUGUAGGGGGACCAAAAUUGGUGAGCAAGAAAUGUGGUUUAGAAAUGGAUUCAAGAGAUGCAUCAUUUAAUUGGGUGACUCAGUCAAUCUAUGUUUAUUUCCGACUUAAGCACCAAAAUCCUGAGUGUGAAUUGCCUCAGGACUCUAGUACAAAGCUGAAAGCACUGAUUGCCACAUAUUUCUUUAAUUACCUUCCUUCUACCCAGCAAGAGCAGGAACUGAACUAAAACCCAGCCAGAAAACAAAAGAAAGGGGUGGGAGAGGGGAGAACUGUAUUCCUUGCAUUUUCCUAACUUACAUUUGGCUUCUGUCAAGGAUGCGAGGAGAGAAAUGGGUUCAAGCAAGUUAUGCAUAGCUAGUCACCGUGAAACGCUAGAUGUAGUUAGCUAUUUAUUUUUGUUAUUCAGACACUGAAUUUUCUCCCCAAACUUAUAAAUUCUGAAGAAUGCAUUGAACUUGUUGCUUGAUUUCUUUUGCUUUACUUUUUUGGAAGGUGGGGACAGAGGGGCAGGGGAGGUCAGAAGGACGUAACAUUUCAAAUGAAAUGGAAGAGCAGCUUUACUCUGCUCAGGUGGCCUGUUUAUCUGUACAAUAGAUGCAAGAUAAUACGAUAAUGUAUGCUUUUAUGUUUGACAAUCGUUAACAUGGCUUUGGAAUAAAGGAAAAGUUUGUGUUUUUCUUUUGUUAAGUGCUUGUACCA